AUGUUAGUGAGCACGAUACUAUAUCGAACCUACAAAGUCAUUGUGACAUUUGCAUCAAUGGUCAUAUUCAUUCAGGGAGCUAUAUCCAUCUUGGUAUACCAAGCUUUGAUCAAUGCAUUUUACAGUAAGAACCUUUCCACAAGGCAGAAGUUAAUGGAUCUAACGAAGAAACGGUUCAUUCUUCUAUUGGUGACCAUUCUAUCGUUGGUGGCGCCUUCCCAUGUGAGGAUAACAACCGACAAUGAAUCGAUACCGAAGGGAACCAUAUAUAUGGAUCAUCAUAAGGGCAGGUUAAUAUCCAAAGCUAAUUCCAAUGCAGUGGUUAUAGCUAAUCACCAAAUUUACACUGAUUGGGUGUUUUUAUGGUGGUUAGCAUAUGUGUCAGAAAGGGCUGGUAACGUUUACAUUAUGUUGAAGAAAUCAUUAGAGUCGAUACCACUUCUGGGAAGCGGUAUGACAAAUUACAAGUUUAUAUUUAUGAAUAGAAAGUGGGAACAGGACAGAAUCAAUCUAUCAAAUAAAUUGCACGAAAUAGAUUUGGAUGCUCGUGGGGUCGGAAUCAUUGCUGGGAACUCUCCAACGACUAAGACAGAGGAAGGACUUAACAUAUGGGACGAGGCGAAAGUGGAGAAGAAGGGUGAGCAAUGGCCAUACUGGUUAAUGUUGUUCCCAGAGGGCACAAACCUUAGCGCUGGUACCCGUGCUAGAAAUAAGGCAUUUGCAGAAAAAUCAGGACUUUCUCCAUUUAAACAUGUUCUACUACCAAGAACCACUGGAUUGAAGUUUUGCUUGCAGAAACUUCGCAACAGUUGCGAGUACGUUUAUGAUAUUACAAUUGCAUAUUCAGGCGUUAGAGCUGAAGACUAUGGACAAGACAUUUACAAACUAGGAAACAUAUUCCUCAAGGGAAAAGCUCCAAAAUUGGUGGACAUCUAUAUCAGAGCGAUCAGAUUAGACGAUAUUCCACUUGAAGAUGAUGAUGAAUUCCAUUCUUGGCUUUUUAGUGUCUGGAACCUCAAGGAUAAGUUGCUAGAUAAUUAUUACAAAACAGGAAGUUUCCAACUAGAUCCUGAUCUUAAUCAUGCUGUAACAGGACCCUGCAGAGUUAGCAUUUUAUCCCUUGUUUCCAUUUUGCUCUUCCCUGUCUUAACGAUGCUUCCCAUCUUUUACUAUAUAGGGAAGAAGGCAACUUCUUUAGUAUCUAAAGAUUCAUAG